AUGACUAUUAACUUGGAAUAUAGCAGAGUUUUCGAUGCACAGAACUCCCGCAUGAUGGAUUUUGACGAAAACAUGUCGUGCAAGGAAGCUCUUAAGCUGAUUUGCGAUGAACUUGAAAUCGAAGAUCACAGACCUUACAAACUCCUUAUUUACAAAGGAAAUGUUCGUGAGCCAAUUAUCUGUGAUCUCAACCAGCCCCUUAUUUUCUACGCAAAGCCAGGUGGAAGAAUUAUUCCUUCAAAAGAACAUUCAAAAUGCAAAAUUACAAGAGAUGAAGAAGAAACAGCAAAGAUGAGGCUUGAUCUCUCCAUCCCUGUCGAUGACGUCCUCUCAUAUAUUGCUGAUGAACUUCAACUUUACUGCCAACCAGAUCAAUAUUCUCUUUGGUACUACAACGAUGAAGGUUAUAAAUUCCCACUUGAAUCCAACAGACCAAUUUGCGUACAAACAACAUAUGUUUCAAAGUUUUACUUCAAACGCCGUUAUUUCUUAAUCUUUUCUUACGAUUUCGAAGAUAUGGAUAACUGUAUCCACGUUUUCAGAGACUGCAAGUAUAACUAUACUCAUUCUAACAUCAACGUCUCAGAAGAUCAAGCUUUCGAGUUAGCAAGAUUAAUUCUUUACGGAACAACGACAAAUCUUAAGGAUCUUAACAUUGAUUUAAUUUCCGAGAGAUUCAAAGACUUUGUUCCAAAGCAAUUCCGCGAUUCUUCAUUUAUGGCAAAUAAGUGCAAGAAAUACAUCACACAGCAAGCAGCCAUGGAUAAAUUACCAGCCAUGAUCCAGUUCAUCAAGACUGUCCGUGAAAUCAAAGGUUUCGGCGAAGAAAUCUACAAUGCAAAUUUGACGGACAACAACUACAAGAGCAAGAAGGUUGCUCUUUGUCUCUUGUCACGUGGUGUUCGUGUCUGCGAAAGAGGAACCACAGAUGGCUUGUUUAACAUCCAUACAUCUUCAAUUAAAGAAUACGGUUACGCCGGCAAGGUUAUUAACAUCCGCUACGUUGAUCCCAAGACAAACAAAGAGAAUACAUGCCAUUUUACAGUCAAAAGCACCAAAGUUGCCAACAUUCAUACUUAUCUUGUUGAUAUUGCCAAAUUAUACGUCAAAUUCCUCAAAACAAAGAACAGCCAACGCAUUAUCAGGAAGAAGCAAAAGAAGAAAAUCGAAGUUACCUCUCCGGAAGAAGCAGAAGCCGUAAUUACGACAUUUCUUUCUUCCGAAAUCCUCAACAGAGCUCCAGAAACAUCCAGCGACCGUCUUCGUGUUGAGACCGAACCAGAACUACUCAAACGCGAUGAUUAUUCCAGCUUCAACGAAGUCCAAGAUGUAUCAGAUUUAAUUCGUGACGAAGAAGAGUUUGCCAAGAUGGUUACCACACAUCUUCCGAAGUAUAACCUCGAAUACUUCGAUCUCCAUGGCACAGUUCAGCGUCUUGAAGCAAUUAUGACUUCAAUCCGAGCACAAGUCGACAAUUCCUUCAAGAUGACCAUCAAAGAUGCCUCAUAUUCGGUUGAAUGUGCCUUGUUCUACAUCAACGCCAUCUCAGACGGUUUCCAUUCCGGAGACAUUAAAAAGGAAAUGGAAGUUGUCGCGAAAGUCAUCCAAGUUUUGUUCGUAAUGAUCAAACAAUCAGAUACAAUGAAGCUUGGUAUCACAGAUAUCAGGCAGCAAGUCAUUGAUGGCUACACACAGAUUGUUGAUUCCAUUCCUCCUGUCAUAGAAAAGAUCAAAUCCAUCAUUGAACAGACACCAGAACCUCCUGUUGCCACGAAGGAAGAGCUCCAUGCAUUGCCGAGAGGAUCCAUUUAUCUCUCGACGCUUGUUGAAGCAAUUUACAGGUUGAUGGGAUAUCUUUUCAAUGUCAGAUUAGAUCUUUUGAAUGCUGAUCUUAAUAUUUUGAAGUUGUUCCCUGUUCUGAGUAAGUUUGCCAUGAAAGCUUACAAGUUCUGGAAAGAAUUGGAUGAAAACAACUGCGACAUCAAAGCAAAUCUUAAUGAUUUGAUUUUGACUUACAGAGAAAUUUAUCCAUACUUACAACACGCGUACACAGCUUACAAGAUGCCUGCUGAACUGUUGAAUGACUUCCACGCACAUUUCAGAAGAGUUCUUAACUUCACGUGGCUCGGAUUGAUUUGUUUCGUCAACAAGGAUGAAACAGUCGGUAUCAAGUUCUUCCCUGGUCCAUGCUACUUGAGACAUGGCGCAUUGAACACUUUGUCUGACGCUGUCACUUAUUUCACACAGAUGAUGAAUCUUCCGAACAUCCAGCCUGACCAGAAAUUGAUGGAACCCCUCAGAAAGGCAUGUGCGGAAUUCGAGAACACAUCAACUGUCACUAGAACAGUUAUGAAUGACAUGGUACAGAAUCCAACAAAUGACGCAUUGAGAUUUGUUGUCAUUCAGUCUGUCAAUGUUUCUAGGAGAUAUUUCUUCGAAGUUUUGGAUUACUGCGUGAAAAUGGGACCGAACAUUCAACCGGAGAUUGUUGUACAAGUUAGAACAUUCUUGAAUUCCGUUGAUUCAUUCCUUUACUCACUCAGCCCAAUGAACAUUUCAUCAACAAGAGUCAGAACAUUCGCUGAAUCAUUGACAGCUUUAGUUCAAGCGAUGAAAGACACACAGUGCUUGGAUGAAUACAUUCCUAGUAUGACUGAAUCAAGAGACAAUUUCAUCGAGUGGAAUAAAGUUCUCGCUGGAUCUCCAACAGAUGGUAAAAUACUCUUCAAGAUCCAUCAAUCAUUACAUUCCAUUGCUACUUAUGUCAUUUCUCUUCAGUCGUAUCUUGAGAAUGCAAAUCACAAGACAAUUCCUUUGAUCAUUGAAGUCAUGAUGCCUUCUAUCACAAAGACUCUCGCAAACCCUGAAAUCAGAGAUGACUACGAAAAGUGCAAACACGUUCCCGCUUUCUGCCAAUUCCACAUGAAUGUGGCAAAACUCAUCACUUUUCUGACAAACGUCAUUUUGACACCACAAGUCGCUGUCCAAGAAAACGUGUUGGCAAAGUUGUCUUCUAAGUUGACGUUGCUCAAAGAAGACUACAACAGGUUGACACAGAUAAGACCACACUUGAUGCAGAACGCUUUCUCAUACCAACUCAGCUGCAACAUCAAAAACAUCAUUAAUAACAUGUACGUUAAUUUGGCAAAUAUUAUUGACGAUACAGAAAAUAUUGCCGCUGUGACAUGUGCGAAUGCCAGUGUUGUCAUAUUGGCUGAUGUUUUCAAGAGCGCUAGAUUAUACUUCGACAAGUGCAAGGAAGUCAAUAUCAGACCAUACAUGAAGAACUAUACAAAAGAAGAAAUCGUUGCAUACAGAAAAGAAGUGAUUAAAUUAAUGGCAUGUUUCAGAGAAUACAUUUCUCAAAACACAGAUUUGAAGUACAAUCCAUUGGUUGAGAAAGAAAACUCUGAAAUCAAAGACAUCAUCAAAGAUCUCAUGAAAUUCGAAGCGGAUCCAUCAACGAAUUUCAAUCUUUACACUCCAAGAAUCCAUUACUGGCUCACAAACAUGUACGCGAGAACAAACUACAUUCCAGGAUUGUGGGAUGAAAAGAAGAAAGGUGUUCUCGAUGCACUCACACAGAGAACUGAUGUCAUCAUGUCCGGUGAGAAACCAUCUCCUCAAAUAUUGACAAAUGUCAUCAACGCUUUGAUUGCACAGAUCAACGAGUACCCAGGACAAAUACAAUCUGUUGCACAAGCAGCUGAUGACAAGAACAUCAAACAAUUCAUGUCAAUUCUCAAGGGAAUUUUGAAUGCUCUCACAACCGCUCUCAAAACAUCGAAGUUCAAACCGAAAGAAGUCGAAGAAAUCAGAAGACAGUUAGUUAACUACCAGCACUACAUACCGGAGUUAACAACACAAGUCAAAGAGAAUCCAUUCACCAAGAAACUCUUAACAGCUUAUGAUGAUUUGAUCAACUUGACAAGACAGAUGUUGAUGCCUUCUUCCAUCGAUUACAUUUGGGAUCCAAUUCAAGAAGUCGACUCAAACGAUAUUGGUGAACUCGCUGCAGCUCUCAAGAAGAUGUUCGAGUACAUGACGAAGAUAUUCUCAGAGUUAGAAUACCAUCCAAUUGUCGAUGAUUCAAUCAGAAUAUCAAUGCUCAUCAGACAAGUUUCAUCAUUUUACUCAACAAAUGCUUCUGUUUUGAACAUGUCUCGCGAACAACUUGAAUCGAACUUGCCACAGUUCUGCAGGAACAUUGAAGCAGAAUUAGAAGCAAUGAUCAAUUUGAUCAAGUUGUUAGGCCCAAUAUUGUCUGACAGACAGUUGAUUGAUACAUGUGAAGCUGUUCAAAAGACAGUCAACAACGUCAUCAAACUUUCUGACAAGCAUUUCCUUACAACUGCAAAGGCAACAGAAUUCGCAACAAUCACAUAUCCUUUGUUGCAAAAGUUGGUUCUCAAGAUCAACAACGUUGUCAAGAAUGGAUCUGUCAACGAUUCGAAAGAGUUCUUGGAAGAAUACGCGAAGAAGAUUGGCGAAAUUCCACCAGGAAUCGAACAACUCAAGCCACAUGAAAUCCAAGCGAUUUCAAACAAGAUUUACGAAUUCUUGAUGAACGGAUUCGAGAAGGCAAGACCAGAUUUCGAUCCAACGGAAAUUGCAGAGAUGAUGUACGAAUCAUACAACCAGUUCUCAGACUACAUUUCCUUGGAGAAGAAGCCUGUAUCUAUGGUCGAAUCAUUGAUUGUCAAUCCAAAGAUAUUCGAAGGAAAGAACGCAGCUGUUUUGGUACAGAAAGAAAUCGAUUCAAUCAAUGGAGAACCAGUAUCAGAAGAAGAUUCCAAACAAGCGAAGGAAAUCAUCAAGCUUUCAUUGGAACAAACAUCAAAUGUUCCAGCAUCACUUCGCUAUCUCGCAAACUAUCUUUCUUCUUCCCAAAACAUUUCUGCAAAGCAUUCUUAUUCAAGAUAUCUUUCCAUUGUCCAAGAAAACCACAAAGCAACAUUGGAUAAUUUGUUGAAUAUCAUCAUCCAAUCAUCUAUUGAAGGCGCGAAGAUCAUUGAAGCAAUGAAGGAAGAAAUAAAGAACACAAAGAUGAGAACUGUCUUCCACAGACAACUCCAAGACUCCUUAAAGAACGCUGAUUUCAAUAUGAUAACAACACUCAAAAAUAUGGCAUCUGUCACUUUUGCUUAUGCUCCAAUCAGAGUUAUCAGGCAAUUGGCGACAUUGUCAUGCAUUAAAGAGGAGAAGUUCAGCCAGAUGACGAAAGCACUGAAUGAAUCAAUAGAUUCAUGUGAUCUCGUCAUCCAAACUGUUUUGGCAAACACUUUGUUGCAAAUUGCAAAGAAAUGCGAAGAACUUGGUGUUUUCAAGGACUUCGUUUUGAAUAUCGCGAAUUUGUUGAGAAAGCCACAUUACGCAUCAUCAUUUGAUGCUGAAUUGACUUCCAAACUCAUCAACACAUUCUUGACAUUCGAUAACCAGUCAAAUGCAACAAUCCACGAAAAGGCAGAUAACAAAGAUUACCAAGAACUCAAGAGUUUGAUCGAAUCUUUGCCAUCAAUCAGACCCUUGUUGCAGCAAUUGUCAUCACCAACAGCAGCAAGACAAGAACAGACAUUGAAGAACCUUUUGCAGGCCAUCUACCAGAUGUUCUUGUCAUACGAGAAAGGAGAAAAAGAUCUCGAAGAAUACGAAAGAGUCAGAUCUCUCGCAAAAAUUGCUUCCUACAAUUUACACACUGCACAGGAACAAGGCGUCAAUGUUACACCAUAUCUUGACGCUCUCAAGCAAUUAGACAAAGCUGUUGAUGAUUGUGACUAUGCAGCACUCGCAAUCACUAAAGGUGGCGAUGCUAAGUUGAUUGGAGAUCCAUUGGAUAAUUUGAUCAAAGCAUUGGCGAUGUUCUUCAAAGCAGCAGGAGAUAUCGAGGCAGACGAAGAGGAAGAAGUCCACGAAGAAGAGGAACAGAAGAAGGAAGAAGAAGUCAAGAUUGUCUACGUCGAUGUACAAGAGGAACUCCAGAACUUGUUGACAUUCGCAUUGGAAGGAAAGUACCAGGAAUUGAUCGACCUCGCAGCGAAAUGCCUCGAAGCAAUCGAGAAAGAUCAUCAAUGCCCAGAACUCGAUGGCACAAUGAAGGACCUCAUCAAGUCAGUCGCAACGAAGAACCAGGAAGGAAUCAACAAUUUCAUCAAAUGGAUUGCAAACAAGGAUUACGCCAACUGGGUCAAAACAACAAAGAAGCCACAAUCAGCCAAAGAAGUCGAGUCAGUUUUCAUCGACACAAUCGAUGAAUUCAGAGCAAUCAGGAAUGUCUUUGGAAAGAAUCCGAAACAAGACAUCAGAGACCUCGUCAAAGUCUGCGCUCGUUCUCAGUCAUUGGUUGGAAUUGUCCUUCCUUUCUUCGAGUACAUUAAUUCCUCCAUUUACGAGUUCUAUCUUCAAACAGCAAACCAGUUGUGGCCAAACGUAAUGAACGUGAUUAAGAACGUCAAUGAGCCAGAGAAAUACAAGUUAUCUCUCAGGUCAAUUGUUCGUUUGAUUUCUGACUUCUCUUACAUUGUUGAAGACUGUGUUUUGCAGGAUUCAAAGCCAUCAACAACACAGUUGAACGAAGCCAGAUUCAAGUACGGAAAAUCUUCUGCAAACAUGAUCAAAUCCGCAGGAGAAAUGUUGUAUUGCAUUGCCAUUUCAAGGUAUUCACAUUUGUACGACUUGCACAUCGAAGCUGUUAAAGAUGGAUAUGCAGAUCCAUUGACAAAUCUUGAGAUUGCUUCUAAAGAACUCCUCAAGGCAAAUCUCAAGCCAGAAGUCGGCCAAAAGUUCACAGAGCAUUUCAAGGAAGUCCAGAAUUCUUAUAACAACACAUUUGAAAUGUUGAAUAAGUUAGCAACGCCAGAACAAGCUGUCAGCAACUGCAUCGCUGUUUUCAAAGCAGCGUAUGUUGCUUUCUGCGAUCUUAAAUCAAUGUCCGAUGUUGUCGAGAAGAAGAAGGACCCAGAGUCAGCGAAGAAGCUGCCUGUCAAAUUCACAAUUCCGACAAUUUCCGCGGAGAUCGCAAACAUCGAAGAAGUCAACAAGGUUCUCGAGAUGAACUACAACAGCUACCAGAAAGAAAUCGACUGGCUUUCUCACGCUCUCGCUGAGAACUCAGAGAUAUCCAAUGAACAGAUUGUUGAGAAGAUCAUUCUGUUCCACGAUAUCGCUAAAGAGUUAGUUGGAAAUGUUCUCAAAGCAUCUGUUGCUUGUAUCGAUGUCGGUGACCAAUCUAACCUCACUGGAUUGGCAAACAACAUCGUUGCAACAGUAAACGACAUCACUAAAUGUGUAAAGGCAUUUUUGAUGGUCGAAACUGGCUGGCGCGAGAACUUCGAGACAACUCACACAGAGAGCACGAGAAUAAUCACGGAUGUCAACAAAGUUGUCGAACACAGUAUCCAAGUUGCGAAGACGAAGAGUAUCGAAGAAGAUCUCGUUCGUCGCGCAAUUGGAGACCUCGCGAAGCCAUUCUUCGCAAUCUCUUCAUCAGUACAAGAGAAGACAGAAGAGACAAACAAACUUGCACCAUCAGUCAGCCGCGAAUACGGACUUACUUUGGCGGAAGUCACCGGAACAUUGUCUUCUACACUCGCAAAGAUCAUCAUGUACUUGAGAGAUAGACAACAGGAUAUGACCGUUCCUCAGGAGAAACUCAAGACUGUUUCAGAAGAUGCUGCUGCUUUGUUGAAUGCUGUAAUCAGUGCUGUUUUAGCCAUCGCUAAUUCCAAUGAAUCAGAAGAUCAAGUCAUUGAAAACGCAACAAAGAUCAUCCGAACAGUCGAAGCAUUCAAGGGAAUGUACAGAGCACAGAGAGGUGAAUUGCUCGCACACAAUGAAGCACUUAACGGUGUUGUAAACAUCUCCAAGAAACUCAUCCAAGCAGCGGAAGCAGGAAAGAAGGCAAGACUCGAACGCAUCGAAGCACUCAAGCGCAGAGAAGAAGAGGCAGCAAAGAGAAGGGCUGCUGCAGAAGAGAGAAGAAGAUUGGCGGCUGAGAGAAGAGCAAACGCUAAGCCUACACACCAGCCUCCGAAGGAGAUGUUGAUGAAGUUGUUGAAGCUCGAAUCAGAUAUCAUCAAAGCAAGACUUUAUCUCAGACAACAAAAGAAAGUUGUCGAUCAACUUAACGCAGAAUAA